CUUCGUUCCGAGGAAGACGCGUGUGAAUUUUUAGAUCUAAAUUUUGCGGAAAAACAACUUAAAAAGUGUUUGUGUUUAGUAAAAUUUAACUCAAACAGUGCAUUUUUAUUCAGUCAUCGCAGGAAACACGUGAAAAUGGCUGAUCAGUAUUCCUCUUACGGACAGCAGGAUUUCGGUGGCCAAAUGCAAUUUUCUGUUCCUCCGCCCUCGAUGCCACAAGCUAAUUUCAAUCAACCACCUCCGGCUGGCGGUGGUGGUGGUGGUGGUGGCGGCGGCGGCGGUGGUGGCUACGGUGGCGGUGCCGGUUCCUACGGCGGUCAGAGCGCCGGAGGCUAUGGGGGUCAAAAUGAUUACAAAUCAAACAGCCGCGAUGGUGGUGGCGGCGGCGGUGGAGGUUAUGGCGGUGGAAACCGUGCUGGUGGUGGAGGCCAGCAGGGCGGAGCCCGUGGAGGUGGUAAUCAAUCCGGAGGCUACAGCAGUGGCGCCGGCAACAAGAGUGGUUAUAAUAGCAAAGCAGGAGCCGGAGAGGGUGAAAUGGUCACUCAGGAGGACACCAUUUUCAUCCAGGGCAUGACACCGGAAACGUCCGAGUCGGAAAUCGCGGAAUUUUUCGGCGCGAUCGGGGUCAUUAAGAAGGACAAACGCACCAUGAAGCCGAAAAUUUGGAUGUACAAAGAUAAGGAAACGGGUCGCAUGAAGGGUGAAGCAACGGUCACGUACGAGGACUCUAACGCUGCUUUGUCCGCGAUCAGUUGGUUCGAUAGUAAGGAUUUCAAUGGAUCAAUCAUUAAGGUGUCGUUGGCUACUCGCUUCAAUAACUGGCAGUCUAGAGGUGGAAAUCGCGGCGGCGGUGGUGGUGGUGGUGGUGGCGGUGGCGGCGGCGGUGGCGGCGGCGGUUUCAACAAAGGCGGUUUUGGCGGAAGUCGCGGAGGAGGUGGCGAUCGUGGCGGUUACGGUGAUCGUGACGGUGGUGAUCGCGGAGGUUCCCGUGGAAGCUCAGGAGGCGGUGGCAGUCGCUUCAGCAGCGGCGGAGGUGGUGGUGGUGGUGGUGGUGGCGGUGGAGGUAGUGGUCAAGAGCGAGAAGGAGAUUGGGCCUGUGGAGAGUGCAGCAAUAAGAACUUUGCCUGGCGUAACGAAUGCAAUCGAUGCAAAGCACCUAAAGGCGACAGCGCUGGUGGCGGCGGUGGUGGUGGUGGCGGCGGCUUCGGAAGUCGUGGUGGUAGUCGUGGCGGUUUUGGUGGAGGUGGUUCCCGCAACGGUGGUGGUGGCGGUGAUCGCGGUGGUUUUGGCGGUCGAGGUGGCUCCCGAGGAGGUGGUGGUGGUGGCGGAGGUGGCAUUAUGCGAGGCGGCGAUAGGAACCGCGGAGAUCAGCGAUCGCGACCAUAUUAAGUCACCGAGUGGCACUGCAAUGAUUACCAGCUCAUUUUAUUGAAGAAACUUUCUUAACUAUCGUCUGUCCCCAUCAUCACUGACAUUAUUCAUAUAACCCAAGAAGGAUUGAGUUUUCAUUCAAACGCUUUGCAUUAUUAUGUGCUGUAAGGAUUAAAAAUCUACCAACAAAAAAAAAACACUUGACGACGGUUCUCCUUUCGGCAGUGGAAAGCAUUCUUCAUCGCCUGGAUGAAACUACUGAACCCCAGCUGCGGUACAUAAACUUAGUGUAGAACAUUUAGCUCGUAAGUUCUGUAAUGUACCUUUCACAUUACAAUCAGCAUUAGACUAAAUUUAGGACCUGUUUAUGCAAAAAAUAAUGUGCAGAACGGCUUGUGAACGGAAUGUUAAUUGCAAAUAAAGAAUCCAGCCAAAUAAAUAGUA